AGUGUUUGGGAGUUGUUGUUGUUGUUGUUGAACGUGGCACAAAACAACCAAAAAAAAAAAACAUGAAACAUUAAGAUGGCUCCAUUUGUAAAAAUUGUCUUCUCAUGAAGCCUUGCCAUGCAAACCACAAAGUACUCGUCCUAGCAUUUCACCACCAGCUACUUCUACCUAUACCUUCCCGCCAUUGCCCACUACAUAUAUAGAUAGCCAUAUUUUGCCGUCUUACACCGCCGCUCUUCCAUGGAGGGGCGGGUGGGCUCACCGGCCGGGGGCGAUGGCCGGAAAGGUGACCCUCCGUUGACAUCCUUAACAUUUUCGCUGCCCGUCCAACCGGGGAAGGAUCCCGAGACCUACGUCAUCCAAAUCCCCCGUGACCAAGUUUACCGUGUCCCGCCCCCGGAAAACGCCAAAAUCGUCGAGAGUUACCAGGGAAUGCAGUCCAAUAAAAAGGAUACACGGCUUCGCAAAUGUUGCUUUUGGUUCCUGGUCCCUCUGGCAGUCUUAGGGAUUUUGAUAGGCAUCAUCGUCGGCACUAUCAACGGCCUAUACACCCCUAAAUCCCCAAAAUUCUCCAUGGCCACGAUCCAAUUCAAGAAAUCCCCACGACACCCUAAUUUCCAUGUCUCGUUGCUAGUUCAUAACACCAACCAGAGAAUGAAGGUUUCGUUCGGGGACGGAGGUAAAUCGUCGCUGGUUUUCAAGAACCGUGAGAUCGGAAAGGGGAAAUAUCCCACGGUUUCCGUUAAACCAAAGGAAACAACGGCCGUUGAUUUGAAGAUGGCCGCGAAACUUUCGGGCGAUUUACACAAGGAGCUCAACGGUCGCCGGAAAAAAUCGAUGGCGUUGAAGAUCAGUGUGCCGAUGGAGAUUUCGAGUUGGGCUAAGGGGAAGAAGAAAGACGUAAGUAUUAAGUGUGUUUUCAAGGUGGGUUCAUUGGCAAAGAGCGCGGAUUUAUCGGAAGAAUGUGAAACAGAUUUUUAAUUUUUACGUCACUGCAGCCAUAUAUGAUGAUUUUAUUCAUUAUCCCGGCACUUAGCUUGCCUCUCCCCCUUUUUGAUUUUUUCUUUUCUCUUUUCUUCCCGUUUUCACAUUUUUGAAUUCUUUAUUCUUUUGACAUCCAUCUGGAUAUAAAAUAUAUAUUUUUGAAACC